GAAGGAUUAGGUGAACAAGGCUAAACAGGGUAUUCGAGUACACAGAAUCCCAACCCACAUCAUAGCAACCAGUGCAUUCAAUUAUUUUUAGUUAAUUUGCUCGCUUGUAAUGAAACUGUGACCUUGAAGAGGAGGUUGACUCAUCAGAGCAGAGGGGACUGUACAUCUCUAAAACAGUACCAGUUAAAAAAAUUAAGAGCAAUUGUCAGAUAGAUGAAUGAUCAGUCAGGGGGCAGAGAGUACCACUGCAGAAACUGAGAUGACCAGUCAGGAUGCCACAGAAGAAAUUGAGAGUGAGGUUGAUGCCUGCUCUACCAGCACCCUUUGCUACACAUCCCCAUUGCCUAUGCACAGGUGGGUCCGGCUUGUGGAUCCAGCUGAUUGCAGCAUCAACCCACUGUCAUCCUCCUAUCUUCCAUGUAUUCCCUGGGGAACCCACAACCCAUUCAACUCACUUGAAGUGUCAUCACAGGACCAAGAAAAGGAAUAUGUUGGCUUUGCAACAUUGCCAUGCCAAAUCCAACGGAAAUCAGUAAAAAAGGGAUUUGAGUUCACCUUGAUGGUUGUUGGUGAAUCUGGUUUGGGCAAGUCCACUCUUAUCAGCAGUCUCUUCCUUACAGAUGUAUACACUGACAUGACUUUUUUUAAUGCUCAAGAAAGGAUACAUAAGACUGUAGCAAUUAAGAAAAAGACUGUGAAUACUGUUGAAAAGGGAGUUAAGCUACGGCUCAACAUUGUGGAUACUCCGGGUUUCGGAGAUGCACUUGACAACAGCAACAGCUGGAAAGCCAUGGUUGAUUACAUUGACCAACAGUUUGAGCAGUACCGAAGUGCAGAGAUCAGUCUGAAUCGUAAGAACAUUCAAGACAAUCGGGUGCACUGCUGCUUGUACUUCAUCUCACCUUAUGGUCAUGGCCUCAAACCGAUUGAUGUGGAGUUUAUGAAAGCCCUCCAUGAGAAAGUUAACAUUGUGCCUGUGCUGGCGAAAGCAGACUGCUUUACCCGCUCAGAGAUUCAUACUAUGAAAACCAAGAUUUUGCAUGAAAUUGACAAACACAGGAUCAAAAUCUACCAGUUUCCAGAAUGUGAUAUAGACGAUGAUGAGGUCUUUAAAAAGCAGGACCUUGAGCUGAAGAGAAGCAUCCCCUAUGCAGUAAUUGGGAGCAACACUAUAGUGGAGAGAGACGGUCGGAAAUUGCGAGGUCGUCUUUAUCCAUGGGGUUUUGUAGAAGUGGAAAACCUUGCUCAUUGUGACUUUGUGCAUCUGAGGAACAUGCUGAUUUGUACACACAUGCAAGACCUGAAGGACAUGACUGAGGACACACUGUACGAGAGAUACCGCACUCGCAUCUUAUGCCAGGCCAAAGCAUCAACAUGAACUGUGAUAAUUGUCGGUUUGGAUGCUGACACUGGACUUGUGGGGAAUACUGCAUUAAGAACUAAAGUCAUUAAAAAUGCAAUUUUACAGACCA